GUUUUUAGUAGUGCCAGUGUGGUGCGGUGCCCAAACCCUGCGUACUUCGAGUCCGAUACCGUCAGUCUUUCGCUGCUGGUCGGAAAUCCGGCCUAUUUGCGAAUUUCCUCGCCGAGUGCGCUUUUUACCUACAUCCCGCGGUUUGGAGUAGCUCACAUCACACCGGAAAUUGGCUCCCUCGAAGGCGGGACGAAGGUCCGCAUUUUGGUAGCCACGCGCCCAAUGCCUCUGGCAGUGGCCGACCUGCAGUGUGUGUUCGGUAAUCAGCGCGUCCCCGCACAGGUAGUUGCAGUGGAGGAGGACGUUUUUGCGAGACCAGAAAGGACCGAUGCAUCUGGCGGGUCCGUCGAGGGUCAGGAGCUACAUCAGAACGCCACGAACGGUACUGUCGGUAAAGCUGCAACCAGCGGGGAUGCGGAAGGGGACGGAAGCAGUAACAGCAGUGCUACUGCUCUCCACGUUCCCCGGGCCAAGGGUUAUCAUGUCGAAUGCGAGACGCCGUCCGCCGCGAACCUUCCGCGCGUCACCGACUCCGAGACCCCCUGUGCCUGCAGUAAGUACUGGACGCAGGCGUUGCCAAGUGGUGACUUUUUCUACUGCAACGACUACUGCUGCACCGUUCCGCAGCUGGUCGUCAACAGCACCGAUGCGUCAGACCUGCGCGGCUCGCAGCCGUGGUGCCAGACGACCAAUCCGCUGUGCGAUAGUGGCCCAAGUCACGGGGGCGUCGGGUGGGGCUAUUGCAAAGAGCCGACCGCACAGAGUUCGUUCCCGGUGUGUGUCCGCAUCUUGGAGACCGCCGCCUCUUUCGUGCAGGUGGACGAAAUUCAAGAUCCAUGCUGGUUUCAAUUCAACUACUUCCAACGCCCCUACCUGGACUUCGUCUCGCCGCCGUCUGGCCCGAACAAAGGAGGGUCGCUGCUGACGCUCCACGUGCGAAACGUUCCGCGGCUGUUUGACGGUAACGCACUGCGCUGCCGGUUCGAGAGCUACGUCACAGAGGCACGGUGGGUAAGCGACAGCCAAGUGCAGUGUGUGACCCCGAGUGUGUACUACACUAUGGAUCCCGUCAGUGUGGACGUGUAUCUGAGCGUGAACGGCGGCGAAGACUACUUCACUGGGGACCCGACGCCGACGCGCUAUACGUUUGUUCCGACUGCAGACGCACUCUCCAUGGCGCCGGACUUUGGCCCGCAAAUGGGUGGCACCGCCAUGCGGCUGACCUUACCGACCUACUACGACGGCUACACGCCCAGCGCUUGCUGCUUUGGCGUGAAUAUCCUCGUCACGGCAGUGCCAGCGGACACGACGGGGCGUGUUUUCGUCUGCAGCACACCCCCUUGGUACUCGAGCCCGGCCGUUGUUCCCGUCGGACUGCUGCAAGCCGACGGUAGCUGCGAUCUCGAUCCGCAGACGGCCUUUACCUACGUAC